CAUGCGCAGAAGGGGGGUAGCGUACGUGCGGCGCUAAAGCCCUUAGCUUCCUCCUUCAGACUUUCACCGGUGUGUGUAGCUGGCUGACCCGCAUCAUGUUCAGAGCCGCCGUCCGUCUCUCGUUCUCCGGUGUCCGGAGUCUAACCCGUACACAACCGGGAUGUCAAGCUCUUUUGGCUUCGAGGUGUUACUCCCAUGGAAAGCAAGAGACGGAAGAGGAGUUUGACGCCCGCUGGGUCACCUAUUUCAACAAGUCAGACAUUGAUGCAUGGGAGCUGAGAAAAGGGAUGAACACACUGAUUGGUUAUGAUCUGGUACCUGAGCCAAAGAUAGUGGAGGCAGCACUGAGAGCCUGUCGGAGGCUAAACGACUUGGCAAGUGCCAUCCGAAUUUUGGAAGCUGUGAAGGAUAAAGCCGGCCCUCAUAAAGACAUCUACCCGUAUCUGCUCCAAGAGCUGAAGCCAACAUUAGAGGAGCUUGGCAUCCCUACACCUGAGGAGCUUGGCAUUGACAAAGUGUAGAGAGUAGAUCUAAUGAAGGUGCACAUCUCCAGGACACAUAACCCUUUUACCUAACUGUUGCCCUACAUGAUACCUGUGAUAUUUAAUUGGGCCUUUAGUAAGUUCUUUUGCUUGUAACAUAUUGAGGAAUUUCAUUAUAAAGAGUGUAUCUUUUAAGUUUCACAAAUACCUUGGGAUAUGUUAAACAGUUUUGAGUACUUGAAGCAUUACACUCAAUCCAUAAGAAGUUGCUUUAAUGGAAAGCAGAGCGUCACUCUUCUGGUCGAGUGUGUCCGGACAUUUGUGCGAGUCACAGUUUGCCACCAGGGAGCAGCGUUUUCACAUGAAUGUCAAAAUCAUUCUACUGUAUCAAUCUGCAUUGCAUCUGUUUUCAUUUCAGGGAAAAUGUAAUUGCUUGUAAAAUAAAGGUGUUGACAUGUCA